CCUCCUGGUCAUGGUCACCUGACUGCCCUGGACAGGCCUCACAGAAGGGCAGAGGGCAAGGUCCAAGCUGCAGGGCCCGGGCUCCCCCACACCUACCUGUCCACAUCCCCAGGGCAGUCCUGAGGUCACCGCGAGGACCCUGCCUGCUUUCCUCCCCUCCCAGGGUGCCGGGGGCCAGGGGUCCUGGUGGGUGGAGACUGAGGAGGACACAGCAGCCCCAGCCCUGCGUGGUCAGCUGACAGGCACCUGCGCCUGCCAUGGGGCUGUCCUGCAAGGAGCGGAUCUUCAUGGUGCUGCUGGGGGUGGCCACGGCCUCAGGUCUCACUGUGCUUGUCCUUCUCCUGGUAGAGGCAACCAGCGUCCUGCUUCCUGCAGAAACCAAGUUCGGGAUCGUGCUCGACGCUGGCUCCUCCCACACAUCCCUCUUUGUAUACCAGUGGCCAUCGGACAAGGAGAAGGACACAGGCGUGGUUAGCCAGGCCCUGGCCUGCCAGGUGGAAGGGCCUGGGAUCUCCUCCUACGCCUUGAACCCCGUGCGGGCGGGCGAGAGCCUGAAGGACUGCCUGGAGGAGGCGCUGGCGCUGGUGCCACGGGGCCAGCACCAGGAGACGCCCACCUUCCUGGGGGCCACUGCCGGCAUGAGGCUGCUCAGACAGAAGAACAGCUCCCAGGCAGGCGACAUCCUCGAGGCUGUGUCCCAGGUCCUAGGCCGCUCGCCCCUGGAUUUCCGGGGUGCUGAGGUGCUGGCUGGGCAGGACGAAGGUGCCUUCGGCUGGAUCACGGUCAACUACCUCCUGGGAAGGCUGGUCCAGUACUCCUCCGGACAGUGGACCCAGCCUGCCGAGGGGAUGCUACUGGGCACGCUGGACAUGGGGGGCGCCUCCACCCAGAUCUGCUUCGCUCCCAGUGGCCCCAUCCUGGACCAGAGCUCCCAGGCCACCUUCCACCUGUACGGAGCCAACUACAGCGUCUACACGCACAGCCACCUCUGCUUCGGGCGUGACCAAGUGCUGCUCAGGCUCCUGGCUGGGCUGCUCCAGCCCUCCCUGCAGAGCAGCCCGGCCAGCCUGUUGCGACACCCAUGCUACCACAGCGGUUACCAGACCACCCUGCCCCUGGCUACCCUGUCUGAGUCACCCUGCGUCCGCACUGCAGCGCCCCUGGACCCCACACAGAACCUCACAAUCGAGGGCACAGGCAACCCCGGGGCCUGUGUGACAGCUCUUCGUGGACUCUUCAACUUCAGCUGCCAGGACCAUGGAGCCUGUGCCUUCGAUGGGGUCUACCAGCCCCCUGUACAGGGCCAAUUCUACGUGAGCACUGGUGCCCCCUCCCUGUGGGCCAGGCAUCACUGGCCCCAGGACGGCCCACAGGAGCCCUGGGGGGCUCAGGGACACAGGUGUGGCAGGCACAGCUUCUCCCAUCCCGUAGGCAUUCUCCAACUUCUACUACACCUUCCACUUCCUGAACCUCACCUCCAGGCAGCUGCUGGGCACUGUCAAUGCCACGGUCUGGAAAUUCUGCCAGAGGCCCUGGAAGCUGGUGGAGACCAGCUACCCUGGGCAGGAGCGCUGGUUGCCAGACUACUGUGCCUCGGGCCUGUACAUCCUCACACUGCUGCGGGACGGCUAUGGCUUCCAAGAGGAGAGCUGGCCCAGCAUAGAGUUCCAGAAGCAGGCCGCCGGGACGGACAUUGGCUGGACGCUGGGCUACAUGCUCAACCUGACUGGCAUGAUCCCAGCCGAGGCACCCGCUGAGUGGCAGGCACAGAGCUAUGGGGUCUGGGUGGCCGGAGUGGCACUCGCAGUGCUGACCCUGCUGGCCGUUCUCGGGGCUGCUGCAGUCCAUCUCUUCUGGCUCCGGGACUAGGCCAGGCCUCAUCAAAGCAGACUGUGGUGGUUGCAGCUGGAAUCGGUGAACAUCUGAGUCAUCCACACAUCAGUAGCCCGGGCCAGUGAGCAGUGCUUGAGGGAGGGACCUGGACGUUGUGUGUCCCUUGCUGUGGCCUCCCUGGCCCUUCCCUGGAGCAUGGCCCCUCUCCCCCUGGCCACUAGGCAGCCAGCCCUUCGGCACCUCAAGGUAGCCUACAGGACCCCUGUCGUCCACAGUGAUCAGAGGACCUGUGAGUGGCACCACAGGCCAGCAGGCCCCACGUCCUCCCAGGAGCCUAGCCGGUCCCUCUCUGGGGCAAGCCCACGACACAGAACGCACAGUAGCACUGUCUUUAUUAAACCUUCUGCCACAAGAA